CCUUCUUACGUUCAUCCCAUCAUAGAAGGAUUCGACAACAUGUUCCUUCCACAAAGGCCAAAGAACGAAGGAACAAAGCAGAAAACAGACAAAGAGAAGGCCGAACUGGCAAGAUUACGACCAUGGGUGGAAAAAUAUAGACCAAAAACGAUUGAUGAUGUGACUGCACAAGAGCAUACAGUGACAGUUUUGCAAAAAGCGUUAUUGUCAACCAAUUUACCGCAUAUGCUGUUUUAUGGACCUCCUGGAACGGGUAAAACUUCUACAAUUUUAGCACUUGCAAGACAGUUGUUCGGACCUGAAUUGAUGAAAACAAGAGUAUUGGAAUUAAACGCUUCUGAUGAACGUGGGAUUACGGUCGUACGUGAAAAGAUUAAAUCGUUUGCAAAGUUGGCCGUUAGCAAUGCAAAUUUGGAUUUCCCUUGUCCGCCUUAUAAGAUUGUGAUUUUGGAUGAAGCCGAUAGCAUGACACAUGAUGCUCAAAGUGCAUUGAGACGGAUUAUGGAACAGUACAGCCGUAUCACACGAUUUUGUUUGGUUUGCAAUUAUGUUACCCGAAUUAUCGAACCUCUGGCAAGUAGAUGCAGUAAAUUCCGAUUUCGUACACUAGACAACGUUUCCACAAAAGAUCGUUUACAAAGUAUUGCAGAUGCUGAACAUGUUGCUUUUGAGGAAGGCGUCUUGGACACUUUGAUCAAAACUUCAGAUGGUGAUUUACGUAGAGCGAUCACUUAUCUUCAAUCAGCUUCUCGGCUUCAUAGCGCUGGCGAAAAGACUACGCCGAUUACACCAAAAUCAAUCGUUGAAAUCGCAGGUGUUGUGCCAACGCAAAUCGUGACAGGUCUUGCACGUGCUAUCGGUAUUCCUGCUCGGCCAGACGAAGAUGAGGAUGAAGAUGUUUUGGUGAGCACACGAAAAGGAUCAAGUGAAUUUGAAAAGUUGCGUAGUCAAGUCACAUUCAUUACACGAGAAGGCUAUUCAACAUCACAAUUGUUGAUCCAAUUACACGAUUACAUCAUGGAUCAUGAAACUUUGACUGCUCCACGUAAAGCAAAAUGUGCAAUCGAAUUAGGUCAAACGGAUAAGGAUCUAACCGACGGAGCUGAUGAAGAGCUACAGUUGCUCAAUCUCAGCUUGAAGCUGAAGCGAGCUGUCGCAUGAGUGACAUUUAAGUAAUUCCCUUUUCAUAUUUUUCAUUCAUCCUGUAUCAUUAGUCAUCAAUCGAACGAAAUCGUAAACUAUUUCUGGU